CGUGCACUGGGAGCUCCGUAUCCAUUCUCCAAUAGACUCCAACAGUACAAUCAAUGUAAACUAGUCCAAAUCUGGCUCUUUCAGAGACACUCCAUGGGAGAGAGAGAGAAUCAAUAGCAGUAGUAAGAAAGGGUUCCGGAAAUCAGAAAUGGCGGAAGAGACAACAGCGGAGAGAAACAACGCGAGGCUUGCCAUAAUGGAGUUGGCCAAUAUGAUCAGCGUUCCCAUGGCCCUCAACGCUAUCGUGCGCCUUAACGUCCCCGACGCUAUCUGGCAGGGCGGGGUCAAUACCCCUCUCUCCGCCGCCGAAAUCCUCGCUCGUGUUCUCCCCUCAGGAGGCGAUCCUGAGAAUCUCCAGCGUAUCCUCCGUAUGCUCACCAGCUACCGCGUCUUCACCGAGCACAUCAGCGACGGAGACAGCAGCAAGGACCACAUGGUGGUGGUGGAGCGCAAAUACUCUUUAACAGAGAUCGGAAAGACAUUGGUCACCGACGCCGAUGGGCUAUCUUACGCGCCGUACGUGCUGCAGCACCAUCAGGACGCGCUGAUGAAGGCUUGGCCGAUCGUGCACGAGGCCGUAGUGGAUCCAUCAUCCGAGCCCUUCGUGAAGGCCAAUGGAGAAGCGGCUUACAGCUACUACGGGAAGAAACCGGAGAUGAACGAGUUGAUGCAGAAGGCGAUGUCGGGAGUAUCGGUGCCGUUCAUGAAGGCAAUAUUGGAGGGUUACGAUGGGUUUGGAGGCGUAGAACGUCUGGUGGAUGUGGGCGGAAGCGCUGGGGAUUGCCUACGGAUGAUAUUGCAGAAGCAUCCUAAUGUCCGAGAGGCCAUCAAUUUUGAUCUUCCAGAGGUCGUCGCCAAGGCCCCCUCUAUCCCCGGCGUAAGACACGUUGGCGGCAAUAUGUUCAAGUCCAUCCCGUCCGGAGAUGCCAUUUUCAUGAAGUGGGUGUUGACGACUUGGACGGACGAGGAAUGCGGAGUGAUAAUGAAGAACUGCUAUGAAGCACUCCCUGUGGGAGGGAAGAUGAUAGCGUGUGAACCUGUGCUCCCAAACGAAUCAGACGACAGCCACAGGACUCGGGCACUGCUGGAAGGUGACAUCUUCGUCAUGACAGUCUACAGAGCUAAGGGCAAGCAUCGUACUGAAGAAGAAUUCCGGCAGCUUGGCCUCUCCACCGGCUUUCUCCACUUUCGAGCCUUCUACAUUGACCACUUCUACACCGUCUUGGAAUUCCAGAAAUGAGCUUUUCAACUAUAGUUUUUGCUCUUCCCAUUUGCGUUCAUCAUUCAUCCCUCCCCCUCUGAGGAGACACGGCAAUUGGUAUAUACACACUGAAAGACAAAAUGCAACUAUGUAAAAGGCUCCUCUUGGAGAUUGACUAUUUGUGUGGUCGUCAAAUAAUAAAAACGAGGAAAAUGGUUUUCAUAAUA